AUGAUCCGUCUAGCUACCUGCCCCGCUUCCUGUUUUGCGACGUUCGAGGGCAACUCUCCGUCUUCUGUUUUCAUCUCCGCCUCUAUGUGUGUGGCUUGUCGACGUCGGCCGCCCCUUAAUAUCGCCAACACCGUUGCUGAGGCUGCUGCAGAUGCUCGUGAGAGCGCGUCAGCAACAACGUUCGUCGUGCCGGGUCGGUAUAAGAUCUCGAAUUCGUAUUCCUGCAAAGUCAACGUCCAUCUGUGUAGUCUUCCCGCCAAGUUCGGACGGGUCAUCGGCGGGAAAAACUAA